CGCCGAGUCCGAGAAGGAGCGGCUAUGAUCCGGACCAAGGGCGAGGCCGGCACGGGGAACAUCAUCGAAGCGGUGAGGCACGUGCGGUCCGUGAUGGGGGACAUUAGGGUUUUGCGGAACAUGGACGACGACGAGGUGUUCACUUUCGCGAAGAAGAUCGCGGCGCCGUACGAUCUGGUGAUGCAGACGAAGCAGCUGGGGAGGCUGCCUGUGGUGCACUUUGCGGCGGGAGGGGUGGCGACGCCGGCGGAUGCGGCGCUGAUGAUGCAGCUGGGUUGCGACGGGGUGUUUGUCGGGUCCGGCGUGUUCAAGAGCGGUGACCCGGUGAAGCGGGGGAGGGCGAUUGUGCAGGCUGUGACCCAUUACAGGGACCCAGAUGUACUGGCUGAGGUGAGUUGCGGGUUGGGCGAGGCCAUGGUUGGGUUGAAUUUGAAGGACGAGAAGGUGGAGAGGUUUGCUAAUCGGUCUGAGUGAUGAAACAAUCUUUGUUGUUUGGGAGGAGAAGGAAGCCGGUGUUUGGGUGGGUGGGUUUUAGUUUUUUUACGUGUAAAAAAUUAAUUAAAGAUUAUGUUUUUGGGUCGUUGUUUGUUUGUUUGUUGGGUUUAGUUUUUGCUUAAUUUAAUAAGGAAUGAAGUUUAUGUUUCUGCUUUGUAGCAGCUGAUAAAA